CUCUUACCACAACACACAACUUCAGCUUGUUGAGGUAAAGCUUAAACUAGAAAAACAGAACAGAGAUGGGUUUGGUCACAGAGGAGGUGAGAGCUAAGGCAGAGAAGUACACCGGAGAUGAGAUAUGCCGAGAGAAGACAAAAGUCUUCCUCAAGGAAAUAUCUAUGCCCAAUGGUUUACUACCGUUGAAGGACAUUGAAGAGGUUGGGUACGACAGAGAGUCAGGUGUUGUGUGGCUGAAGCAGAAACAGAGCAUCACUCACAAGUUCGAAACGAUCGAUAAGCUUGUCUCCUACGGAACCGAGGUCACGGCCGUGGUUCAGACGGGUAAGAUCAAGAAGCUCACUGGAGUCAAGGCCAAGGAGCUUCUUAUCUGGGUCAGUGUCAGUGAGAUCUAUACAGAGGAAAAGGAGAAGAUCACGUUUAAGUCCCCAACCACACUUUCCAGGACUUUCCCAGUCUCAGCUUUUGUAGUCCCAGAGGAAGUGGAACCUGCCAAGGAAGAACCUGUCAAGGAGAAGAGCAGUGAAGCCGCCGCCGAGGUCAAAGAGGCUGUUGCAGUCAAGGAGGCCUAAUCAAAGCGAGAGUUAGUGUUUCUCAGUGCUCUUACUCUCAUGUAUUACCUACCCCUCGUUUCUGCAUGUUUUAUAUGUAAUAAGAUGUCAAUAACAUCAUCCUGUUAUACAAAAAGUACCGUAAUUAUCUAUAGACUACAUUGAAGUUGGUUCUGUA